CAAUACUUCCACUCACCGAUCAGUCUGCUCUCGAAUAUUUCGCUUUUCAUCGCUCUCUCUCUCUGUCCUUACAUUCCUUUCUUCUCUCUGUGCAGUGUGUUUCAGAUUAUUAUUUUUAGUCGGUAAAGUGAUCUCGAGAUCAGGGUUUGAUCACUUUACACUGCGUCUGAGCUGCGAUUAUUUAGCCGUCCCCUAGAUUUUUGGGACUCCAUUGCCGAUUCUCUCUCCGCUUGUUGUUUUUCCAUAAGGCUUCUUUGCGGCUCCGAUGUUCGGAUUCGCAGGCUUUGGUUAGGACGGAGUAGAGAUUGCUCUGAUGGGUAAGGGCACCAAGAGCUACUGCAAGUCAGCGUCCCACAAGCAGUUCAAGGACAGGGCGAAGAAUCGGGUGGAUGACCUGCAGGGGAUGUUCGUGGACCUUCAGUUUGCGAGGAAGGAGAGCCGCACGAUUGAUGUCGCCGUCCUCGAGGAGCAAGUCCACCAGAUGCUUCGUGAGUGGAAGUCUGAGCUCAAUGAGCCCUCUCCCGCCUCAUCCUUGCAACAAGGCGGUAGUCUCGCCUCAUUCUCGUCGGAUAUCUGUAGACUGCUCCAACUUUGUGAGGAAGAGGAUGAUGCUACCAGUGCAUUAGCUGCUCCUAAGCCGGAGCCAAAUGACCAGACUUUGCGCGUUGGAGAUAAUGCUGCCCUCCAAGAGGUAUUGAACAUGAGCCACAGGCCUCAGGAGCGUGGCUUUACAAUGAUUGACCAGGGCAAAGGUUCACUCUCUGGAAUCCGUUCUGAAGCCGUGAAUAAUAUAGAAGGGGUUGGCCCCCUGGAGCAGCUACAGUAUGAACUAAACCAAGGGUUGGACCAGAACUAUUAUGCUGCUUUCAAUGCAGGGUACUGUGGAGAAGACUCGAUGCCUCACAUCUCAAGCUACCUACCAAGUAUCUGUCCUCCCCCUUCUGCAUUUUUGGGCCCAAAAUGUGCUCUUUGGGACUGCCCAAGGCCUGCUCAAGGUUUAGAGUGGUGUCAAGACUACUGCAGCAGCUUCCAUGCUGCUCUAGCAUUGAAUGAGGGCCCCCCUGGGAUGGGCCCAGUCCUGCGACCUGGUGGUAUCGGGCUGAAGGAUGGGCUUCUUUUUGCUGCACUUAGUGCGAAGGCGCAAGGAAAAGAUGUCGGCAUCCCAGAAUGUGAAGGAGCUGCAACUGCAAAGUCCCCAUGGAAUGCUCCUGAGCUUUUUGAUCUUUCGGUUCUUGAGGGGGAAACCAUUAGAGAGUGGCUAUUCUUUGACAAACCUCGGAGAGCAUUUGAAAGUGGAAACAGAAAGCAGAGAUCUUUGCCAGAUUACAGCGGCCGUGGCUGGCAUGAAUCGAGGAAGCAAGUCAUGAAUGAAUUUGGGGGGUUGAAAAGAUCCUAUUACAUGGACCCACAGCCACUUAAUCAUUUCGAGUGGCAUCUCUACGAGUAUGAGAUCAAUAAAUGUGAUGCUUGUGCCCUGUACAGACUGGAAUUGAAGCUUGUUGAUGGGAAAAAGAGCUCAAAGGGUAAAUUAUCAAGCGAUUCUGUUGCUGAUCUGCAGAAGCAGAUGGGAAGACUCUCAGCUGAGUUUCCCGGCGACAACAAGCGCGUUGUCAAGGGGAGGACCAAGCUUAACAGCUCAAAGGACUCUGUCGGGUAUGUCUAUUCCGGUCAGAAUCAAAGUGCAGCUGCAAACGAAGCAAUCAACUAUGGGUUAGUUGCUCCAUACGAUUAUCUCGUUGAGAAUAAAUGUGAAUAUUACCUGACGUAGAAGGAUAUGGAGGGAGAGGUUGCAUUUUCUCAUUCUACUCUGCACCAGCCAAAGCAUUUUUCUUUUUCUCAAAUCCAUGGGUUCUAGUGGUGGCUUAAUGCCUUUGCUGCUUUUGUUGAAGUCUUAAGAAGCCCUAUCAUCUCUUAAGAAGGUCAAGUGGUCCUCAAUUUUUUGGAUGGCCGUAAGAAUUAUUGUACAGUUUGGUUUUCAACUGGUCAUAGAGGUGGAGUACCUUUCUAACCCUUCGGAAGAUUCACUUGGUCCGCACCUAUAUCUAGCUGAUCAAGUUGCUGCGGAGAGUAGAGAACAACCGGUUACCAUCGGUAAGUAGAUGGGUUGAUGCCCUCUUCUGAUAUACAUAUACAUUAUAUAAAAUAUAAAUAUUUGCUGACAUAUUUGGGUUCUCUCAAAAACAAUGGUGUACUGGAAUUAUCAUCCUCUCUCGGGAAGAUUUACGGGAUUUUAUCCCAAUAUUACAUUGGAAUCUUAUACUAUUGAAUGCCGAUAAAUAUGUAUCUGGAAUGUCCAGUUUGCGAAUUCUAAGAUGCAUGUGAUUGCUGUCCCUUGUGAA